AUGGCUGUUACAUUUACAGGAUUACCCCAGUGGUUUGGAUGCGGGACUGAAGGAGACGACAAUCCCAGCAUGGCUAAUAUUCUUUAUAAUAAAUUGUCCCAGUUCCUCGGAACAUUGUUUGGGAUUAAAACUCUUGAUACAAAGGUUAUAUCCGACCAUCAAAAGGAAAUUCAUGCGAUCGGAAAUAGCUGGCCUAAGGCAAAUUUGGAAGGCUCAAGUGAGCGGAAUUCCGUCAUGAGCCGCAGACGUGAGGAAGACGAAGAUAUUGAAUUUUUGGAAAUUUUGGGAAAGAUGAUCAACUUGCCACACGCGACCGAGUUCCCCGAACCCUCACUGCUCAAGGAUUUCAAGAGGAAUCAUAUCCAUGAAAUGUUCCUCGGGAUGAAGAGGAGGACAGAGAGGCCUCUAGAGAGGCUGGCGAGGGAGAACAGUGCACUCAGAAGGAUGCAAGAGGACAAUGACCGGCACCAGAGGAGGACCGUUCACCGUGAGAAGAGGAUGAGAAGUCUGCAGGAAGAAGUCGCUGCUUUGGCGGCCGACAAUAUAAAAACCAAAAGAGAAAUGGAACAGAGACUUCGCCUUCUCUUAGAAGAAAGGAAUCAUCUCCAGAGUGAAAAUCUGGUUAAGGAGACGAUGAUUGAUCGUCUCGAAAACGAGAGAAGAGAAGACAUUAAUAAAAUAAUCUCUUUGGAAAACCAUCUGGAAGCCAUGAAGAAGCAAAUGAACGCCCUGACGAUAUCUUUGCAAGAAAAAGAGAGAAACAUCAGGGAAAAGGAAGGCGCAAUUGACGAACUGAAGACAGAAAACGCCAGGCUCGAAACGGAACGAAAUACGAGUGAGAGAGAAAAAGAUGAGGGGAGAAAAAAAGUUGACGAGGCGAUGAAGGAAAUAGUGACAUUAAGAGAGAGGCAAGAGCAACUUUUGGAGUUGUUAGUGGAGGAAGAGAGAACGAGUGAAGAAAUGGCAAACGCAGUGUUAAGUCUCUAUCAGAUAAUGAGCACCGUGGACUCUCCAAUUGAGCCGAGCGAUCGGCGCUCAAGGCCAGAGGACAAAAGCAAUGAAAAUGGCUGUAUAUGUAUGGAGGACUGUGAACACUCUGUAUUGUGUGACGGCAGUAAGUUAAAAAGUGAAGUAGUUCAGGAAGUACUUCUCAAUGAAGGACAAGAACGUUCAAACGCAGAGGUGAUAACAGAGGAAGACAUAGGGGAGUUACUUGAAGUACUAGAGGAAAUACUCAAGGGAGAAAUAGAAAUGGCAAUUGAGGAAGAGAGAGAUGACAUGUUCCUUAUGGUUUUACAUGAUAUACUCGAGGAUAAAGAGGAGACACCACCUGAAUAUAAGGAGAUACUCGAGAUUGUACACGAGGAAACAAAGAUGGCACCUGAAGAUUUAGAGGAAUUACUUGACGGAUUACUUGACGGAACAAAAGAGGUGCUAAGGAAAGAAAUAAAUAUGCCUAGAGAGAGUUUAGAAGAGAUAGUUGAGGAUAUAGAGGAGGUACUUCUGGAGCAGAUAAAGGAGAGUGUUAAGGAGAUGAUGGCUGAAAGGCGGACAAAAAGAAAAUGGGGAAAAAAGUUAUGGAAAUCACUAAUUCGGAAGAACAGGCAGAGAAAGGAAAGAAGGAGGGCUAAAAAAGAGCUAAGGAAACAGAAGUUAAGGCCUGAAGGGCAGGAAGAGUUGAAGACUCAAAUGGUUAAUAAGGAGACGAUGACUGACCGUCUCGAACACGAGAAAAGAGAAGAUAUUAAUAAAAUAAUCUCUCUGGAAAACCAUCUGGAAGCCAUGAAGCAGCAAAUGAAUGCUCUGAUGAUAUCUUUGCAAGAAAAAGAGAGAAACGUCAGGGAAAAGGAAGGCGCAAUUGACGAACUGGAGACAGAAAACGCCAAGCUCGAAAAGGAACGAAAUACAUGUGAGAGAGAAAAAGAUGAGGGGAGAAAAAAAGUUGAGGAGGCGAUGAAGGAAAUAGUGACAUUACGAGAGAGGCAAGAGCAACUUUUGGAGCUGUUAGUGGAGGAAGAGAGAAGGAGUGAAGAAAUGCUAAGUGCAGUGCUAAGUCUUUAUCAGAAAAUGAGCACCGAUGACUCUCAAAUUGAGCCCAGCGAUCGGUGCCCAAGCCCAGAGGAUUCGGGAACACGACAGAGGGCCAACUCCCCUCCACUGGACGAAAGCAAUGAAAAUGGCUGGAUAUGUAUGGAGGACUGUGAAUACUCUGUAGUGUGUGACAAAAAAGACGAUCCAUCCAGCCAAAGUAAUUUUUCAAGAGCGGUCUGUGAAUUCCACAGUGUGUGUCGAUAUUCGUGGCCCAUGAGAGAUUCGGGAGAACCGACUGUAAAUGAGUGCGACAGUAAGUUACAAAGUGAAGCUAACGACGACCUUAUGUCAGAAGGAGUUCAGAAAGUACUUCUCAAUGAAGGACAAGAACGUUUAAACGCAGAGGUGAUAACAGAGGAAGACAUAGGGGAGUUACUUGAAGCACUAGAGGAGAUACUCAAGGAAGAAAUAGAAAUGGCAAUUGAGGAAGAGAGAGGUGACGUGUUCCGUAUGGUUUUACAUGAUAUACAAGAGGAUAAAGAGGAGACACCACCUGAAUAUAUGGAGAUACUCGAGAUUGUACACGAGGAAACAAAGAUGGCACCUGAAGAUUUAGAGGCAUUGCUUGACGGAUUACUUGACGGAACAAAAGAGAUGCUAAGGAAAGAAAUAAAUAUGCCUAGAGAGAGUUUAGAAGAGAUAUUCGAGGAUAUAGAGGAGAUACUUCUGGAAGAGAUAAAGGAGAGUGUUAAGGAGAUGAUGGCUGAAAGGCGGACAAGAAGAAAAUGGGGAAAAAAGUUAUGGAAAUCACUAAUUCGGAAGAACAGGAAGAGAAAAGGCAGUAGGAGGGCUGAAAAAGAGCUAAGUAAACAGAAAGUAAGGACUUAA